AUGGAAACUGAAAAAGUCUCCAUCCCUAGAUAUAGGGGCUCCCGUUUAAAUAAAGUUAAAAAAAUGGAUAUAUUCCCUAAAGUGGAAGACCCUUAUAAAAUGACUUCAUCUGUUGGUGGCACAUUCUCCAUCAUCGGUUUCAUGAUAAUCAGUUGGCUAAUAUACUCAGAAACCAGCUACUACUUAAACAGCAAAUUUGUCUUCAAAUUCUCCCCUGACAUAGACUUGGAAGAAAAACUAAACAUCAACAUUGACAUGACUGUGGCAAUGCCUUGCGGAUUUAUUGGUACUGAUGUUUUGGACUCAACCAAUCAAAACACCUAUCAGUUUGGAGCAUUGGAAGAAGAAGACACUUGGUUUGAACUAUCAGAAAAUCAACAAAUCCAUUUUGAAAACAAAAAACAUUUCAACUCGUACUUGAGAGAAGAAUACCACGCAAUUAAAGAUCUUUUGUGGAAGAGUAGUUUCUCGACUCAAUUCGGCGAUUUGCCUCCUAGAAGCCACACUCCUGACAGGCCUUACGAUGCCUGCAGAAUACACGGCAGCAUGAUUUUGAAUAAAGUAGCUGGAAAUUUUCAUAUAACUGCUGGUAAAAGCAUCAGCUUACCAAGAGGGCACAUCCACAUCAGUGCCUUUAUAUCAGACAGAGACUACAAUUUCACUCAUAGAAUAAACAAGUUCAGUUUUGGUGAUCCAAGUCCAGGUAUUGUGCAUCCUUUAGAAGGUGAUGAGCUGAUUUUAUCCCAAUCAAUGACUGUGGUUAAUUAUUUUGUCGAAGUCGUACCAACUACUGUUAAAACUUUCAUGAACACCAUAAGCACUUACCAGUAUAGUGUCAAAGAACUGACGAGGCCUAUUAAUCACGACAAGGGCAGUCACGGUGUGCCUGGGAUUUAUUUCAAAUAUGAUAUGUCAGCUUUGAGGGUCACUGUUAGCCAAGAACGGGAUCAUUUGGGGAUGUUUUUGGCCAGAUUGUGUUCGAUUAUUGGUGGGGUUUAUGUGUGUUCAGGUAUUUUAAACAGUAUUGUCCAACUAAUCAUCAAUUUCGUCACUUGUAAUUGGAUGACUAAAAAAUCAAGUGCGGAAAUAAUCAAUCAAGGGCCAUCCACAUUUCAGCCCUUCAUAACAACACCACCAAAAUAA